ACGUAAUAGGGAUGUCUCAUGGCAGACUAGCAGCCAGUCCUGAAAGUAAAAGCAGUCGCGAAACUCCUCGGACCUCCUGCUACUGUGUGACUACAUUCUUCCUUCGCCACUUCGUUAACGUGAGACAACAACCAGUUCACAGACAGGGUGGAAAGUGUAUUUUAAGCGAAGAGCAACUUCUUUUGCGUCAACUUAACUGAGUCCAGCAGCCGUUCAGCCACGACCACACCCUCCUUGCUUCCUCAUAGUACUGUAGCGGGAGCGCGCAGCACGACUUUGAAUCUCUGGGAAUAACGGCCACUUCUUCCAACUACGUCUUCAGGUUGUUGACAGUGGAACCUCCCGAUACAAGUGAGUUAAAUGUUCGAAGACCAGAGACUGGUGCGGAUAUGAGAAGCAAAGCCCCUCGGAAGAUAUGCGGGGCUAUACAAUAUCUGGUCCCGAGUUAAGACGCGGAGGAAGAGGAGGAGGUGGAGGGCGGACAGACGGACGAUGCAUAUGGAGUCGAAGCGACCGGAGCAACUGCUAGCUUCUAACCCAGGGCUCUGUCUGAAAAAGAAAAGGUUGAAAGUGGAUUGACGGCUCUGUGUUGGAAAGUCGUCCUUUCGGUGGAUUUUACUUGGGAGGACUCAUGAAAUGAUGGUGCUGGAGGGAAACACAAAUCUUCCCGCUGUCCAGAAGAGCUGCCCGGGUGGAGCCCUGUUUGUAACCGGCAUGAGUACGCCAGGCCGGUCAAACUCAUCGGGAACAAGUCGGACAAGGUCUCGGUGCUGUUUCAGGCUACUUGCUCUGCUGCGAGUGGACACAAAAUGAUAUUCUGUCGAUUAUAGUGAAAAGACUGAAAAGCCAUUUAAGUUACUAAAUGUUAAGCUGAUGUUGUUCUUGGCUGUAGUCAUAAAAAGACCCCAAGAAAGACAUCUAACGUUUCACAAAUAGCACAGAGUCAGUUCAGCAGAUGUCAUUCCAAUCGGGACGUGUUCUUCUUUCAAACGUUAACGAGCUGUUGACAUUUUUUUUUCAUUUUAAAGAUUGUCAGUCUGCACUUUGCCCUUCAGAAGGCACCUUGGUGGCACUGCAGUUUGUGUGUUAUUUCUUUUUUAAUUCAACAACCUGUGAAUUCUUCUGUUCCAUGAAAACCUGGGACGACAAUGAGCAUAUUGACUUUUGGAUUAUGUUGUUUAGGGCAUUUAAAUGAGUGAAGAUGAAAUCAUAUAGCUCAUUACACUGAUUACUCUGAAGUUGUGGAGAUUUUGGUGGACUGUGUUACAUAGUAUAUUACUAAUAACCAAGGCCGAUCAUAGUUAGACUUUUAUUAUAGUAUACUUUAGAGACGCAACAGUUCAUACUGGUGAAUGUUAUUCAUACAGAAGUAAAUGCAGUCAUUGAGUUUAGCUCUUUCUACAUGUUUACAUUGAGACUUCAUGUUCUGUGUGUACAGUUGGUGACUUUUACUCUGAAGGAAAUUAAGGAAGACUGUUUGGCCAGUUAUUUAAAUGAGUGUGUAGAAAGCAGGGAGGUGAGGCUGAUCUUGGAAAUGUCUUAAACAGUGAGAUGCAGUGUGCAGCAACAGAAAACUAUAAAUAACCGAACCCCUCCAGAAGAGCAGUUUGACCCCCGCCCCAGCCCCCCUCCUUAUUAUGGCUAGUGGUGGCUCUGGCAAAUCGGCUAGCGAGGGAUCCCCCAGCACACCCAGUGUCAGCUUGCAGCAGAGGAAGCGUCUCUCCUCCAUCUGUGACACAUGUAAGGGCAAAAUGCAGUUGGUAGCCGACCUCCUUCUGCUGUCCAGCGAGACCAGGCCGGUCAUGACCUCUGAGGGCGUGGCAGUGGCAGAUACCUUCGACCAGUGCCGCGACACAGUCAUCGCCAGGACUAAAGAGCUCUCCAUCCUCACCCACGACAUCCAGAGCCAGCUCAACAUGGGCCGCUUCACAGAGGUGGGGGACCGUCUGUUGGAGGUGGCCGACCUGGUGGUGUCUUUGACCGAGUGCUCGGCCCACGCCGCUUACCUGGCAGCCGUGGAGACCCCCGGCUCUCAGCCCUGCCUGCCGGGCCUGGUGGACCGCUACAAGGUGACCCGCUGCCGGCACGAAGUGGAGCAGAGCUGCGGCAUCCUUCGAGUCACACCCCUGCCAGACCUCACCCCCCAGCUCCUCCUCGAGCUCUCUCAGAACAUCUCCACCAACCUCAAGAAUCUGACGGACAUCUCCUCAGUAGCCAGCGAGAGGUCCAGGGACCGCUUUGCCAAAGAGCAGUUCAAACUGAGUGUCAAGAGCAUGAGCACCAGCGGCACAGCCUUCCUGGCGUGUGUCAAAGAGGUGAAAACCCAACCCAGUGAGCUGACGAGGAGCCGCUGUGUUCUCUUUAGUGCGGCGCUGGUCCAGGCUGUCAGUGCCCUGGUCGGGUUUGCCACAGAGCCUCAAUUCCUGGGAAGAGCUGCGAGCAUCUCCACAGAAGGGAAGGGGGUACAGACUGCAGUGUUAGGGGGGGCCAUGAGUGUGGUUUCAGCCUGUGUCCUCCUCACUCAGGGCCUCAGAGAUGUCGCACAGCACCCCGAGAGCAGCUCCAAAAUGGCAGACUACCGCGAGCGGCUGCGUAACUCAGCGUGUGCAGUGUCCGACGGCUGCACUCUGCUCACUCAGGCACUCAGAGAGCGCUCCUCUCCGAGGACUCUGCCGCCAGUCAACUCUCAUUCUGUGAAUUAGUUUAGGAAGAGGCGACAUGAUGUCCCGUCCCCUCGGUCCUUUUCUGACGUACCAAAGAGACUCACUUGGGUUAUCCCUGUUCAUCAGGUUUGGAGUCCCAUCAGAAGAAGGCUGUCUGUGGGUCAGUACAUGUGGCUGAAGUGUGUUUGAAUGCAGAGGAGCGCUAAUACCGCUACAGGGUUCUGUGUCGCGCUGGAUGUGGCUCAGACCUUGUUCUUACCGGACCCUUGGAGCGCUCUGGGCCUGACUCGGCUCAGCUGACCACGUUCUCACCGACAGAUGGCAGUCUUCAAACCUGAAAAGUUUACCUCAGUUUUCAGCUCCGGUGAAAACACCAGCCUUGAUGAUGGAUGUAGCCUUACUGUGUGAACCUAUGGUUGGCUGACCUACUCGAUUACAUGUGCUUUGUGAGAUUGGAAAGAGUGAUCUGAGUGUCUCAAUGCUUGUUUUUGUUUUCAACUUGUGUGAAUUCCUAAUUGGUAAAAAGCUGCUGUGAGUGUGUGCCAUAGGUUUUACACUAUUUACCAGACUUCCCAUAGUAUUUUAAAGUGUUUUGAUCAUGCAUGUAAUGGAGUAUUUAUUUCAACAAUUAAACAUGUUGUUUCCGA